GCUUAAUAUAGAAAAUGGGUUUUCCCACAGAAAUGUUAUGCGAAGAAAAAGUUUAGUUAUUUAUCAAAAUAAGAUAAUUCAUAACCUUGGAAAUUUAACGUAAUUUCAUUUUAUCAUAAGUUAACCUCUUAAUCAAGAGUAUUAGAAGCUUUUAUCUAGUCUACAUCAUUUGCUGCCAUGGAGCCUGCUCAAAGAGCAGCUAUACGGAAAUGUCGAGUUCGACUCGUCAGUGACCUGAUGAUUGAGCAUAUGUUUGAUUCCAUAGAAUCCCGCUCUCUCUUUACACCAAUAAUGCUGGAAUGUAUUAAGGCAAAGGAGUCACGGCCAGAGAAGGUCCGAACAUUCCUAGAUUAUCUUCAGCGGAGAGGACCAGAUGCGUUUGACCAGUUUAUCCAGUGCUUAAGGGAAACAGAGCAUGAUUAUGUAGCCAGUUACGUUUUAGAAGAAUAUUUGUCAAUGAAAAACAAUACAGCACAGAAUAAUUUGAACAACUCAAGAGGAGGGACAGUGCCAAUGUCAAAUAACAUCUAUUUGACCCAGGAAACACAAGGAGCAUCUCAAGGUGAAAUGGAGACACAGGGAGGUCAAAUGUUGAAUUCUGUCAUGGAGACGCAGGGGCCUUCUCAAACAUCAAGUGCAAUUAUGGAGACACAGGGGUCAUCUCUUGGUCAGUUGUCAAGCUCUGUCACAGUUUCACAAGGGAUAAAUGAAGUUGACAGAAGAGAAGAAGAAAUGCAAGAGGACAAUGAAGGAGAUGCUUUGAUGAGUGAACAGUCAAGUGUUCAAGGGAAUGAAUCAAGUGUGCCUGGUUCUACAGCUCAAGGAACAUGUUCUGCACCACAACCAAGUCUGCCAAUUGGACAGUUUUCAUCCCAAGUAACUUCAAUGGGACCUGCUGGUUACACAGGAAAUUUUAAAGAGGAGUACAAGAUGAAUACAGAUCCACGAGGGCUGUUACUAAUAAUAAACAAUCGGGAUUUCCAAGGAGUCCUUACUACCCGCGAUGGUACAGAUGUAGAUUGUGACAAAUUGAAGACUCUUUUCAUGUCCCUAGGCUUUGGAGUAGAUGUGAGACAUAAUCUUCGUGCACAUGAAAUUAAAGAAACUUUAAACAUUUUAUCUCGUCAUCAGGAAUUAAGUCAAGUAGACUGUUUAGCUGUUGCCCUGUUGACGCACGGUUCCGAGGAUUAUUUGUAUGGAGUGGAUGCAAAUUAUUUCAAUGUGAAUGAGGCAUUUUUACCAUUUACUGCUGAGAAAUGUCCUGCUUUACACCAUAAACCAAAGUUCUUCAUUAUCAAUGCUUGCAGGGGAGAUGCGGAGGACAGAGGGAGUUUAUCACACAGAGACAUUGACACAGCCAGUACUAGCCAUGACGUUAGUAAUGUGCCACCACAACCACUGGGCUGUAAUUUUGAGGGGCACUAUGAGACCAGCAGUAUUACCUAUGAUGUUCAGAAAAUGCCACCAGAACCAAGGAGUGUUGGCAGCCGUAUUCCAAACAUGAAAGAUUUCUUAGUUGCUUUUUCCACCAUACCAGGUCAUGUGAGCUGGCGACAUCUAAAUGACGGAAGUUUUUUCAUACAAGGAUUUGUAAAAGUCUUCCAGGAGUAUGCACAUAAAACAGAUGUCCUGAGUAUGCUUGUCAAGGUGAACAAUGAAGUAUCAAAAAAUAUCAAACACCAGGGGGUACAAAUCCCCGCCCCACAAGUGAUGCUGACCAAAACUUGGUACCUUAAUCCUGUAAUGAGGCAGUCGAUAUAGGAUGGGAAUGAGGCUGGAUACUCAAACCUUGUUUCGAAAUUUCUUCCGACAUCUGCAGUGUUUUAUUGGUUAAAGAAUAAGUGACUACAUAUACUCAUAUACUAAUGAGUUUCAGAAUGAUUACACUAACGAAGAAAAUGGCUAAGAUUUCAUACUCAUGGCGUAUGAUUUCAUUCCAUAUGUAAGAUGUCAAAGUUUGAAACAUUGUAUUAACCAUUUACAUUCAAAAUUAAUUUGUCAGUCCUGAAUCUGAAGUUUUAAACAUGUGGAGUGAAAUAAGUAAAUUGAAUAUGAAAGAAGGGGCAAAACCUCAAAGGGAGCUCAAAGAAAUCAGGUUAAAUUAAAUUAAACUUGAAAAAAGUAUUACAAAGUAUCUAUUCAGUACUCAAAGGAAAGUGAAUAUUCGCGAGAACCUGUUCACUUGAAUUUACAUUUAGUGUCAUCUUACCUGUUACAGUGAAUAACAUACUUAGCAAAUUUUCUCGGAAGCUGGUGUCACAGUGAUGUCAUUACCUAUUCGGUGCAUUCUCAUACUGGCUUAAAGACUGAUAAUGAUGAUAUCUUCUGAUUUCUUUCCAAUGUUUUAUCUUUUCAAAUAUUCUUUUUUCAACUAACUGGAAACCUUUCUUGCAUGUGUUUUGAGUGAUAAAUAAUUUUCAGCAGUUGAAUGACAUUCUGUAUUCGCUGCUGAGAUAACUACAUCCUUUCCGCUAGGGGUGCCUUGUUAGCUUCUGGUGCAAAAGUUUUAAGAUCCUCUUCCAAGUGUGAAAGUGUACUUGCGUUACUUUAAAGCUCGAAGGGUCCUGCUCUUCGGGCUCACUAUUAGUAUGUGUUGUGGUUUUCUACUGAUAGUUGUUCAUGUACAUUUUGCGAAAUCUCAGCCUCUUAAAUACCCUUACCCUGCUAAAUUUCUAUAAUGAACUUGUCCAUCUUCCAAUUUGGAUAGUACCAUCAACUGUUAAAAGGGGUGCUUACAAGAAAGAUAUUGACUGAUUGGUGAACAGUGCAGAUCAUGAUCAUGGUGAACAGUGCAGAUCAUGAUCAGACUGCACAUCCAUGCAGGCUGAUCAUGAUCUACACUGGUCGCAAAGACAGAACCAGUCAUGUCCAGCCGGUUAGGGUUAUUACCCUUGUAUAUAAAAAGAAAUGGUUAAGAUACAGAAAAUUCACAGUUAUUGGAUUCAAGUUAAUCUUUUAUUUUCACAUUUUUGAAAAUUUUGAUACCAUGUUGUAGAUCAACUGUUUUGCUCAGCAUUAAAUAUUCAUUAUUCAUUGUACAUACUUGUAGAUAUCUUCAUUUUCUGUAAAAUAAUUGCCUCCAUUUGACAAGAGGAAGCAGGAAAUUUGCUGUUUUACUUCUUUUGUUAUGUAUAAACUAUAAUAAAUCAUAAUAAUUGUUUAUUAGUCCCCUACUGGUGUUUAUAGGGGACUUAUAGUUUGCCCCACAGGUUCAUUAAGGCUCAUUAAGUCAGUCACACAAAGUGGGAUCUUGAUAUUUUUUUUCAUGAAACUUGGUACGUGGAUAGAUCAGGUAGUUUACAGAAAAUGUAAAUAUUUUAUUUUUAUUGCUAUUGCAACAGUUAUGUUUUCUACGGAAACAGAUAAUAAAAAAUAUGUCAAAAAAGUGAAUUCUGCAAUAACUUAAAAAUACAAGAGAUCUUUCAUAAAACUUAUGACAUGGCUAGGUGACAAUAUGAAAAAUCUGCUCGGUGUUUAUUUUUGCUGCUUUUGCAAUUUAAUUGGUUGCAGAUUAUCUUAUUUUGUCCUUUCUGUUUGUCUGUUUGCCCAUCUCUCUAUCAAUCACAAAACAUAAAUCUGUUGUUAAGUUUCAAUCUUGAAACCUGACUUAUAGAUGGUAGGUUAUUUGGAGAAUGCAGGCUCUCCAGUUUAGUUUCAAUAUGAAAUAAUGUAGUUCCUGUGAAAAAUAUGACAAAUGUCAAUGUCAAUAUUCCUUCCAGUAGAGGACUUUUAUAGCUAUGCAACAGUCCUGUUUCCAAAGCUUUAAGUGCAGUUCAAACAAGGUUAUAAGUUUUUGUAAUAUUUUUUAUGCCAACUUCUUUCUGUUGAAUUAGUGUCGACUGAGCUUUACUCAAGGCAAGUAAGAUUUUUUUUCUCUUCAUAUUUUUCAUAAUUGCUAUAAUGAGACUUCAAACAGAUUGCAAAGUCGGGUUUUCAUAUGUAAAUUGUAUGCAAUAAAGAUGAAGAGCAACUGCUAGAAUUUGAUUUUUUUGCUCUUGUAAAUGUUGUGGUAAAUGAAUGAGAUAUUACAUGUUGUAGCUGACAAAGUAGUGAACAAACAUUCUCAUGCAAAGUUAUAAUCUCUGGAUGAACUGUUUGUUUUCAGUAUUGAUUGGCCCUUCUGCUUAGCUCAAUAGAAUUAUGUUCUUCCUGACAAUUUGAUAAAUUAAAGACGUUGUGUCUGAAAUUAUUCUUCCUCCACCUGAUUCAUGUGGGGAAGUUAGCAGUUACUUGCCGAGAAUAGGUUUAUACAGAGGUUUUUAAUCCAAGAAAACUGUUAACUAAUAGGUUAAAUGACUGUCAUUAAAUGUGAAAAAACAGUAUUAAACUGCAAAAAAAAUACCAGUAAUUAUUGACUGAAGAAAGUACGAUUUUGUCCACUUGCCUCCUACCCCCCUCCUGCAGGUCUCAAAAUACUUGUAACAUAUCCAGGAACACUGGGUACAUUGCUUUACCUUUUAUAACAAAGGUACUGUUGAAAAAUGGUGCUAAAUCCAACAAAACGAAGUACACAUUGAAAACUGUAUUGUUAAUUUUUCUUUCUGUUAUUUGUAUCCAGUCCGAUAGUGACACGUCUUUGCUGCGGACUGGGACCAGGUGUUUUAAAGACUGCAUUUGAUUCCUGAUCAAGAAUCAUGAAGUGAACAUGUACAUACUGAAUGUCUUGUAUUGUUGUUUAGCUGCAUGCUAUUUGUUUUUGUUCAUGAGAUAUAUAUGAUUAUGCAUUAUAAUCUUGUCAAGAUGUACAUGUAAAACAUGAAAUCUUUGACAAUUAAAACACACUAUUUACUGUU